CUCACGUCUUGUCUGCGAUCUGACCUUUUAUUAUCGUCUCGUUCAACAAUUUUAAAGAAACUUCUAAUACCGAACACUUCUAUUAUACGUCUGAAGGCAAGUUGCUGGUCAAGAUGCCCUUUCGUACAAAUAAGUGGGCCCGUCCUAAAAAGUAUUACAGGAAGUUACACGAAAGAAAGAAACUAGAAAAAUUGAGCACUGAAGAUGGUAUCAUAAAUCAUCAAAACAAGGAAGAUGUUUGCAUCAGAGAACCUGAACCAUUCACUUUUUCAUAUUUGAAACAACAUGUCAAUGAAGUCUCACUACCUUUGAGUUGGUCACUGCUUAGCUCCUGCUCAGAAUUUCGGUUUAGCAAAGUAGAGUUCAUCGGGGAUGUCUCAAAGGUUUCAAGAUGUGUAAUGGUUGCUGGAAAUUUAACAUGGCGUGUACUGAUCCAUGGAAGAGAUGUCACAAGUGGUCAUGAUAUAUUUGAACAUGUACCACAAACUAUAACAGCCUUGUCAGUCAUCACCCAACUUAUUACUUUGGUAAAUACGUGCAAUAUAUGCAUGGGAAACACAGACCAGGCAUUCAUUGAUUUGGUUCAGAGUCGAGGUGGAGAGAUUGUAAAAUCUGUUUCAUUUGCUGGAGAAAAAGAAGUAUCUGCCUAUAUUGAAGAAGAUUACAAUGCAAAAGCUGAGGAUGGAACUAUUUAUAAUUCAACUAUUCGAUCAGUUGAUUGCAUUCUGAUAACAGACAGGAAGAGAUGCUGUAAGUGUUCAUCAUAUCGUAGCAAUCUGAGAUCACUGUCAUCUAGAAGAAAAAGUCAGGGCAAAGAACAAAACAUGUGUACAGACACUAACAGUAAAGCCAAUUUCAGGUAUCUUGACAAGACGCAAUUACAUGCAAGAGCAACAAAUUUACAAAGAGAGAGGUCAAAUGUGAAGAAGUCACUGGAUAGAAUUGUGAAGCGACUCAUAAGUACUGAAGGCAUUAGUGUGGAGAAGCCUUUACAGUCUGAUUUAAAGACCAUAAUGGAAGUUCAUUCUAAGGAUGUUACCAAAGCGUAUUCAGAAGACAGUUUCCAGCGCUUGUUCUGGGAGGAACAGUUACGGCAUGCCAAAUGUGCUGAUAGCAGGCAGAUGCGCUGGCAUCCAACAAUUAUACGUUGGUGUUUGUCUCUUAGGUACAAAUCAACAGCUGCCUAUGAUGCUCUUCGAAGUUCUGGUUUUAUUAAGUUGCCAAGUCAGCGAACAUUGAGUGACUAUUCUAACUUCAUAAAACCUAAGCCAGGUAUUAACCAAGCUGUAUUAAAAGAACUGAUCAGUGAAAUAAAUUCCCAUGGAAAAUCCAACAGUUACAAAUAUGUGGCACUCCUUCAUGAUGAAGUCAAAAUUAAGCAGGAUCUGGCUUAUGAUAAGUACACUGGUGAACUCGUAGGUUUUAUUAACCUUGGUGAAAUAAACAACGAACUGAUGGAGCUAGAGCGAAUUAGCAGUGGAAAAAAUUCUAAAGAUCUGAAACUUGCCACUCAUAUCCUUGUACUCAUGGUACGGGGUUUAGCCUCAAAAUUUCAGAUGAGUGUCGCAUAUCACCCAACUGAUGGCUGUAGGGCGGACCAUCUAUUUCCCAUCAUCUGGGACACAAUCAGCUUUCUUGAAGCAUCUUGUGGAGUGAAGGUUCUCGUUUCGACCAGUGACGGUGCAUCCUGGAAUAGGAAGUUCUAUAAAAUGCACCGUGUCAUGGGUGCACCAAGAGACACGCUUGUAUUCAAGUGCUGCAACAUCUGGACUAGAGAAAACAGACCUGUCUACUUUGUCUCUGAUGUGCCCCAUCUAGUUAAGACAACUAGAAACUGUUGGGCUAAUUCUGAAGCACACAGAAAGUCAAGAAGUUUGUGGAAUGGAAACCCAAUAUUGUGGAGUCAUCUGACCAAACUGGUAGUAGAGGACCGAUGUAGGGAUAUUCAUUUAUUACAUAAAAUAGGAUAUGACCAUAUAAAUAUUACCUCAUUUUCAAUUAUGAGAGUGAAUCUUGCAGCCCAGGUUCUGAGUGAAACAGUUUCCAAUGCAAUUGCGACAUUUGGACCACCAGAGGCAAGUGAGACGGCCAGAUUUGUCAGAUUAAUGGACAAAUUUUUUGAUUGUCUGAAUGUUAGAUGUAAAGAAGAAUGUAUCCGAAAAAGAAAGCCAAACCUUGCUCCGUAUACAGAUGUAAAUGAUCCUCGACUUCAGUGGCUUGAACACGACUUUUUAGGUUAUUUUUCUGAUUGGGAGCAGCAGAUUGCAAGGCGACCUGGAAAUUAUACAAAAUCUGAGAGGAAUACCAUGUUUAUCAGCUACCAAACAAUGGAGGGUCUAAAGAUGACAGUGAAGUCCUUUGUGGAGAUUACCAGGUAUCUUUUGGAUCAUGGCGUGGAAUAUUUUCUGAGUGAAAAGCUUUGUCAGGACCCAUUAGAAGCACAUUUCAGCAAACAUAGGCACCGUGGGGGUGAUAAUAAUGAUCCCACAGUACAGGCGUUUGGAUAUCAGGAAAAUUCAAUCAGACUUCAGCGAUCUCAUCACCUCCAAUGCGUUACAGGCAAUACUGGGCGAUACAAAAGAACAUUGGAAGAAGUAAUUGACAAUACUCCACUCCAGAAACGGAGCAGACCAGGCAAAAAGUAA